CCCUCAAAAGUACGAACUUCCUCUUCUCCGUACACCAUUGAUCGAUCUUUCGACAUCGACUUCUAAUAGACUACCACGAUGCCCGCUCCUUCAACCACCCUUCUCAUCGAGGGCUCGUUCACCGAACUCGCCGAUGAGUUCGCCCAGUACAUCGAUGCUCUUCGCAAGCCCGACGCCGCCGCGUCCAGUCUCCAGGCCGACAUCGCCCCACUGUUGGAACCUCUGCGCCAGCAGGAACAGUCUGGUACCGAACCUGAUCGCAAGCAGCGCGAUGAGGUUCUGAAGAAGCUGGUUUCCGCCGCUACCGUCCUGAAUGCGGCCCCCGAGAAGGAGAUUAUCUCCGCCUACAACCUCCUCGUCCACCUCGUCCACCAGGCCUCCGAUCCGGACAUGUUCCUCUCCCGCAUUUGCUCCUACCUCGCUAAACCCAUCACCGCCUCUCCCCAGUUCGGCCCUUCCCUAGCCAUCUCCGUCUUGUCCACCAUCUUCAAUACCCUCGCUCCCGCCGACUCUAGCCGCUACCAUGUUCUUUUGGCCAUCGUUGCUGUCAUCCGCCAGGCCGGUGCCUCGGUCGCAUUCGACGCCCUCAAGCCCCAGCUGACCUCUCAGCUGCCUGCUUGGCUUGCCGCUUGGGAGCUCGAGGCUGAGGAGGCCCAGCGCCUGCACCUGGCCAUCGCCGAUGCCGCCCAAGCUGCCGGAGACGCCGAGCUUUCCCAGUCCCAUGUCGUCCAGGCCUUGCAGACUAUUCCCGCGGCCCAGGCCUCCAGUUCCGAAGCCCGCGAUCUGGCCGUUCGUGCCCUGACUUCGGCGCUCACCUCUCCCGCCGUCUUCGACUUCACUCCGUUGACCGCUUCCGACGCCGUUCAAGCCCUGCGCACCAGCGACAGCACCCUCUUCGAGCUGCUCGAAAUCUUCACCGCCGACACCCUUGACGCUUACGAGGCCCUAAUUGCCGCCAGCCCUCUGGCUGGUAUCUCAGGUGGUGUGCUGGCUGAGGCUGGCGAUGCUCUGCAGACUAAGAUGCGCCUGCUCACCCUGGCCUCGCUGGCCGCUACCACCCCCUCCCGCUCUCUGCCCUACGCCACAAUCGCCAGUGCUCUGCGGGUGUCGGACGAGGAUGUCGAGAAGUGGGUCAUUGACACCAUCCGUGCUGGUCUCGUCGAGGGUAAGCUUUCGCAGCUGCGCUCUGAGUUCCUCGUCCACCGCGCCACCUACCGCGUCUUCGGCGAAAAGCAGUGGGCUGAGGUGCAGGGUCGCCUGAUGGUCUGGCGCCGUAGCCUGGAACGCGUUUUGGGUGUUGUUCGUUCCGAGCGUGAGCGCUUCGUGCGCGAGGGGCUGCAGGCGGCCCAGGCGGCUGAAGAGGCUGCUCAGGGAAAGUCCGCCGACAAGGGCAAGUCGGGUGACCGCCGUCGCCAGCAGGGCGGCAACAGCAACAACAACAACAACAACAACAACAACAACAACAACAACAACAACAACAACAACCAGACCCAGUCUUCGACCCCGGCCGCUCCUGUCGCCAGUGCCCCCGUGGAAGCUGUGGCUGAGUAAAUGAUGAAAGGACGGAAAUGCGGGGAAGGAUCAAUGACUGAUGAUGAGACCUACAUACCUUGUUUUUGUCUUUCGACCUGCUAUCUACCAGAUACCACACCCUUCAAACCGCGCAGACGGAGCUAGGGACGAGCUAGAAAAAAAGACUUAAAAGUAUCUCUGUGUCAUGGCUGGGCAGCGGUGUUAAACGCUAAUUUUUCGUGUCUUUGGAUUGGGUGUUUGUAAUUGAUUUCUUGUGUUCAAGGCUGGAAUGUUCUCUUUCACUGUCGGAUCGAGAUGGACGAUUUGAUCGCUUGCGGUGUCGCUUGCGGUGUCAGGAGGUGGUCUGCUGUACCUAGAACAUGGAGGAUAAUCGACUGUGUGAGAUGACCUUUAUA